AUGGAGGGCAACAAGGAUGAAAGCGAACGGUGUAUAAAAAUUGCACUAAGAUGUAUCGAAGCUGGCGAUAAAGAUAAGGCCUUAAAAUUUCUGAAAAAGGCUGAUAAACUCUACCCAUCAGAUAGAUCCAAAAAAUUGAUGGACACAAUUACAGAAAUGAACGGAAAUGCCAACUCAGAAAAAGCACAGAGGGAAGAAUCAGAGAGUGUCAGACGAAGAAAGAACAGUCAGAGUAAAACUAAGGAGGAAAAUAAAGAAAAUCAUACUAGCGAUUACACGGAGGAACAACUGGUAGCUGUCAAAAGAAUUAGUAAGUGUAAAGACUAUUAUGAGAUAUUAUGUGUAACUAAAGAAGCAGAUGAUGGUGAAUUAAAGAAAGCUUACAGAAAGUUAGCUCUUCAGAUGCAUCCUGAUAAAAACAAGGCACCGGGAGCAACAGAGGCUUUUAAAGCAAUUGGAAAUGCGUUUGCUGUAUUAAGUGAUAGUGAUAAGAGAAAGAAAUAUGAUUUAUACGGACCAGAAACAGAAAUAUCAAGUAGAGGACACAGCCAUCGUGAAUACGACUAUUCACAUGGAUUUGAAGGUGAUAUAUCCCCGGAAGAAUUAUUUAAUAUGUUUUUUGGAGGUGGUUUCCCAAAUUCAGCUGCAGCUCGAUCUAGACAUCGUCACUCUAAUCACCGAACCUAUUAUUAUCAACAAAAUCAUAACAACCAAUCAGAGAGUGGAUAUACACUAUUUUUACAGUUAGCCCCAAUAUUACUCUUAAUCUUAUUAUCUUUAUUAAGUAGUAUCUUUGUCAGUGAUCCUGUCUUUAGCAUGCACAGAACCAGUAAAUUUUCAUCAGAAAGAAAAACGUAUAAUUUAAAAGUACCAUAUUAUGUUAAAGAAGAUUUUCGACCUGAAUAUAAGGGUGAUUUAAGGCGAAUAGAAAGACAAGUAGAAGAAGAAUAUAUAAGUCAGUUACGCUCUAAUUGUUGGAGAGAAAGAAGCUAUAAAGAGAAUAUGUUAUGGUCUGCGAGAAGUUCUGGAGAUGCCAGGUUAUAUCAGAGGGCACAGGAACUAAAAACUCCUAACUGUGAUCAACUCCAAAACAUG